AUGCCCGGGGAGGCUGCGCGUGCCGAGCCGCUGCUGCCGGAGGCGGGCAGGCCCGGGCCCCGCACAGAGUCGUCCUGUGAUGUGGCCGCGGCCACCACCCCGAGAGGGGACCAGCUGGAGCACUGUGCCCUGACCCCCGGACCCAGCGCCCUGGCCCUGGAGUUUCUGCCCAGCAAGCCGGGCGCCCGGCCCCCGCCGGACGGAGCCAGCUGGGAUGCAGGGCCGGGCGGCACCCCCUCGGCGUGGGCGGUGCCCGCAGAAGGCAGCCCCAGCCCGGGCUCCCCCGAGGCCCAGCCCGCCGGGGGUCCUCCCCCCGCCACCCUGGAGCCCCGGAUCGUGAUGGGUGAGGAGACCCGCCAGGCGCCCCCGCCAUCCAGGGCAGCCCUGCCAGAGCUCAGGGACCGGGAGGGUGGGCACCCCAGCCUGGACCCCCCCCCCGAGUUGUGUUCUCAGGGUGACCCUCCUGUGCCUUGCCCUGCCCCAGACCCUGACUCCUACUUCACACCGCCCUCCACCCCCACCGAGAGCGCCUCUGCCCUGCUCCUUGGCCCCGGGCCCCGCAGGGAGGCCCGGGACACCCCAGCCGAGCCAGGGGACUCGCCGCCCGCCUCACCCUCGGGCUCCUACAUCACGGCAGAUGGGGACAGCUGGGCCUCGUCCCCAUCCUGUUCCCUGAGCCUGCUGGCCCCGGCCGAAGGGCUGGACGUCCCCUCAGGCUGGGGCUUCUCCCCAGCGGGCUCUGUGGCCGACGAGCAGGAGUCGUCUCCCACGGGGCCCCCCGGCCCCCCGUCCCCAGAGUCCAGCGUCUCGGCCGACAGCAGCUCCUCCUGGGGCCAGGAGGGCCACUUCUUCGAGCUGGACUUCCUGGCCAACGACCCCAUGAUCCCCGCUGCCCUCCUGCCCUUCCGAGGCAGCCUCAUUGUCCAGGUGGAGGCCAUGGAGGUGACGCCGAGGGCCCCCGAGGACGAGGAAGAGCAGGAGGAGGAGGUCCCUGUCCCUGGAGGGGACCCAGCCGGGGAGGGUGAGGACGACAGCACGUUCGGGUCCUCCCUGCAGUCCCUGUCUGACCUCUCCAUCACCGAGGGCAUGGACGAGGCCUUCGCCUUCCGGGACGACACCUCGGCAGCCUCUUCCGACCCCGACUCGGCCUCCUACGCGGGGGCAGACGACGAGAGGCUGUACAGCGAGGAGCCCCACGCGCGGCCCGCUGCCCUGCACCAGGACAGCCCUGGCGAGCCCGCUCCCGCCGCCGCCGAGCAGGGGGCUGGCCGAGCCACCGAGCGCCAGGAGCCGGGCGCCCAGGUCCCCGGGGCGGGCCAGGCCUCCACUGCCUCUGCUGCCGCCGCCGCCGCCGCAGCCCCUCACACCCCACGGGAAGCCCCAGGCCUCCCCGGGGGGAGCCCUCAGGCCUGGGGGGAGGAGGCAGGCUCCCUGUCGGGUCCAGCACCUGUUGCCGCGGGCAGAGCUCAGCCCUUCCGGGAGGAUGACAGCGCAGCCUUGGGCCCGGGGCCUUGGACCGCCCCGGAAGAGGGAGCCCUCACGCCAAGCCCAGAUUCUCUGCAGAAGCUGGAGAAAGAAGCAGGCCAGGAACCUGACUCUCUGGCCACACCCCUGCCCCUGCAGGACGCAGGCCUCCCCUCAGGCCAGGCGCCCGCUUCUGUGGUCAGCCCUGUGCCCCAGCUGGGAGAAACAGACAGGACCUUACCCCAGGACCCUGACUCUGUGGCCACACCUUUGUCCCUGCAGGCCGCGGGCCUCCCCUCAGACCAGGUGACCCCCGCUGGGGCCAGGCUUGAGACCCUGCAGAAGGAUGCCGGCUGCCUGCCAGGGAUCGAGCCUGUGGUCACUGCAGCCCAGCACGAAGGACGAGUGACCUUGGAACUGGGGCCAGCCCCUGAGGCGAGGGACACAAGCUGCACUGGAGGCCCGGAGCCUCCAGCCUGGGACCAGGCCCAGCUGGAUGGCCUGGAGCCAGCUGCGGAUGCUGGGACACCCUGGGCCUCAUGGGGAACUGCAGGCGCCUCCAAGCCUGACAUGGAGGCCCUAGAUUCCCCCAAGCCUGCCACAGAGGCUGUGGAACAGCCUGCCACGGAGGCUCCGGAAUGCCCAGAGCCUGCCACGGGGGCCCCAGAAUGCCCAGAGCCUGCCACGGGGGUCGCAGAAUGCCCAGAGCCUGCCACGGGGGCCCCAGAACAUUCUGAGCCUGCCACAAAGGCCCCGGAAUGCCCAGAGCCUGCCACGGAGGCCCCGAAAUGCCCCAAGCCUGCCACAAAAGCUCCAGAAUGCCCAGAGCCUGCCACAGGCCCCCCUAGGCCUGCCAUGGAGGCCACAGACCCACCCAAGCCUGCCUCCAUUGGAGAGGAAGUAGCUGAGGGCCUGUUGGCACCUGAGCAGGGAACCGGUCCCAGUGCCUGUGUGCAUGCUGGUGAUGGAGCCGAGCCCCACUUGCCCCUGAAGGAGGCCCCAGGGGGUGAGAAUCAAGGGGCUGGAGGCCUCGAGUCAGCACCCCAGGGUGCUAGGAAGGCUCCUGGGGACAGUGGCCCAGAGGUACAUCCUGCUGCUCGCCCCGAGUUUGGCCACACAUGGCCCCAGAGCCCAGUGGAGGAGGGAAGAGCCAACCCUGAGCCCAGGUCCCCCGUUGCUGUGGCCUCAGAAGCUGGGCUGGGCUCCUGCUCCGAGUCUCCACCGAGGUUCGUGCCCAGGCCUGGCAGGGGCUGCCCCAAAGAGCCUGCCCCCACCUCUCCAGCACCGUCUCGGCAGCCAGAGCCCGUGCUGGGCCCAGGCAGUGGAGAGUGGGCACAAGUAGCACCUGGAAGCCCCAGCUCGUCCCCAGCACAAGCCCCCAAAAGCCCUGCCAGGGGCCUGCCCAGUGUGCCCCAAGACAGGCUCCUCGUCCCAGAGCCCUCUGCUUCUGGGGUCCCCACAGAGGCAGCCCCAUGCCCCAUGGCACCCCUCGCCCCCUGCCCUUGCCAGGGCCCCAGGGAAGACUCAGAUGAGGGCAAGGAGUCCCCGGGCCCUCUGGGCCUCCAGCCGCCACGGGCAGGAGCCCAGCGGGUGGUGGCUGCCUUCUCAGGAACCACGAAACCUCCUGGGGCCGGGCAUCGGGUCAGCCUCCCACCCCACUCCCCGAUCCUCAGCCCCAAGACGGCCCCCACGGGGGACACCCAUGCCAAAGACCAGGCCUGGCGGAUCUCGCCCCCCUGCCAAGUGCCUCCUGGCCCUCGAGGGCUCCCGGCCGCCGAGCAGCAAGAUGACCAGGACAGCCUGGAGGAAGACUCGCCGCCGAGGGCUCCGGGAUCCGGCCAGCACUCGGACAGCCACGGCGAGUCGUCUGCAGAGCUGGAGGAGCAGGACCUCUCGGGAGCGCAGACGGCACAGUGCCCGGCCCAGGCCCCGGCAGGUGGCAGCAGCGAGGAGACCGUGGCCAAAGCCAAGCAGAGUCGUAGUGAGAAGAAAGCCCGAAAGGCUAUGUCCAAGCUGGGCCUGCGGCAGAUCCAGGGGGUCACCCGGAUCACCAUCCAGAAGUCCAAGAACAUCCUGUUUGUCAUCGCCAAGCCCGACGUCUUCAAGAGCCCAGCCUCAGACACCUACGUGGUCUUCGGCGAGGCCAAGAUCGAGGACCUGUCCCAGCAAGUGCACAGAGCUGCUGCCGAGAAGUUCAAAGUGCCCACGGAGCCUUCCGCCCUGGUCCCCGAGUCCGCGCCCGGGCCGCUGGUGAGGCCCGAGUGCGAGGAGGAGGAGGAGGAGGAGGAGGAGGAGGAGGUGGAUGAGGCAGGGCUGGAGCUCCGGGACAUCGAGCUGGUGAUGGCGCAGGCCAACGUGUCGCGGGCCCGGGCGGUGCGGGCCCUGAGAGACAACCAGAGCGACAUCGUCAACGCCAUCAUGGAGCUCACCAUGUAGCCGCGGACCACCACCGGACCGCACCGCUCCG